UCUCUUUUCCUCCGUGUCUGUCCCGCUGUUUUGUUUCAGGCGACAAAAACAACGAAAAAAAAGCCCCAAGGUUCAUCUCAGUUCACCGGAGAGGGAGGAUUGCAUCUGUCAUUCAAUAAUGCCGAGGAACACCGUGACCUGGUUUUGGUGGUUGCUGUUCUCGUUGGCAUGGGUCUGCCCGUCUGCCGCGCGCCAGGGCGGCAAAAGGUUCUGCGAUCCAUCUCCGGGCGAGCAGACAGGAAGCCUCGCCUCGCAGAAGUGCGGUUCGGGCUUUUACAGGGAGUGGAGCGGGCCUCGGCGGGGUCAGUGCGUGCCGUGCAGCUGCAACGGACUCUCCGACCGAUGUGAUGAGCUCACGGGGAAAUGUGUGAACUGUCGAUUCCAUUCGACGGGGGGCCACUGCGAGCGAUGCCAGGAGGGCUACCAUGGCAACGCCACCCAAAAAACCUGCCGCGCUUGCCCGUGCCCUUUCACGUGGAACAAUCGGGCUCUGGCCUGCCUGGACGUCGGCUCCGGGGCGAUUGAGUGCUUGUGCAAACGCGGCUACGCUGGAUCCAGAUGUGGGAGAUGUGCAUUUGGUUACUAUGGAGACCCGGAGGCGCACGGCGGUAGCUGCGAGCCGUGCCAGUGCGGCGCGCACGACGGUGGGAACGGUUGUCAUGCCUUGACUGGAGAGUGCACCUCAGCCGGCAACAGCACUUCUGCGGGCUUGAAGUGCUGCGCUGAUGCUUUGCUUCUCCGCUUGAGGGCCAACGAGGGCGACCUGCGUGGGCCGACUCACAUCUCCGCUUCAGUUUCAACACGGAUCCGCUCUCAGCGGAUCAUCUCUGAUGCCGAGACACUAGUGAAAAAUUACAGUGGCACUAGGAGACGUCUGGAUCUAAAGGUUGAGCAGCUCGAGGAAGACAUGAACACAAUCCAAGAUGACCUGGACCAGCUUUCGCAACAGGCCCUUCAAAUAUUAUCCCGUGUGAAUGAGUCCCUGAGCGAGAAUAGACCAAAAACAGAGUGCACGGUUUUACUCAACCGUACUGAGUCUGUCCUGGCGUCAUUACGAGAUUUAAUAAAAGGACCAGGCCGGGUUCCAGAUGCCAUCAAGGUCGGCGGAAGAGACGGGGCGGCCGUGAUGGAAGACGCUCGCCGGCUCGUGGAGGAAAUGAACCGCCGGGGCCGCGUCGACGCGACGGCCGCGGCCCGAGCACGCGGCCAGAAAAAGAUGGCGAAAAAAUUGCUUGACGCCAUCGCCAAGAUGGCCGCCGCGAGACCGAAUCAGCAGACCCUGAACCAGACCGCAGACUCGCUAGCGGCCUCGCGGGCUCUCUUCAGAAACACGGCGGCCGUUCUGUCGGGUGCAAAGGCCUCAGUAAGAAGAGCGAGACGGGUUCGUUUGAAGAGCGCCACAACCCGACGUCUGCAGCGCGAUCACGAUCAAACCGUCACGGAGACCCGUUCCCUCCUCGCAGCGACCGAGAGCACGAGAAGAGAUCCGCUCCAAAAGAUCGGCGCCAUCUUUUUGGAGCUGCGGGACGCCAAACACGGCUUCGAGAAGGAGGCGGCCCAGUUAGAUGGCGCCGAGCGGCAGCUGCGAAAGAGGCUCAGUGACGUCCUCCGUGUUGCGGCCAAGAUGGAGACCGUCGGCGAGGCCGAGGAGCACGCGCGGGAGCUCAGCAGAUUGGCCACAGACAUGCAAAAUGCUGAAUUUUAUGACAGAAUGCAUCCCAUUCCCACGUUCAACACCACAAAGCAGCCAAACGAACCCGACGUUUUAAACAGUGUCGUGGAGGACGCGGCGAUUGCCGCUAAUCGGUCCGGCGCGGCUGCCGACGAAGCCUUGCAGGAUGCGACGCGGGACGGUCGGCUUUUGGCAACGGCGGCGCUGAGAGACGAUUCGACUCGUUUGUGGACCGCGGCCAACCGCGGCCGUGACGGCGUCAGGGAGCUCUCGCAGUCACUGAACGUGCUCAAGGACGGUGUCACAAGACAGAAAGAAAAAGGCGAAUCUUUGCGAUUUGACAUCUCCAGAAUGAGCGAUCGCCUCAAAAGCCUCAAAACAGCCGGUGCGGACGUCCUCGUGGACUCUGCCAAAAGAGCAGCGUCCGCUACAAACGAGACUGUCGCUCAUGUGACACACAGACUGAGGAAUAUCAGACAGGAAAUGGACAGAUUGACUUUGAACAACAGCGAUCUGGCUUUAAAUGACAUUUUAGAUAACGCACAACAAGCCGUGAGGAGUUUGGAAACGGUGCUCCCGAUGGUGAGAGAGAAGUUCGCCCGAGUGGAGGCCCUGGGAAAGACGUCGCCCCCUAGUGGCAACGUGACAGAGAACAUCCGCAGGAUCAGGGACCUGGUCCAGGAAACCAGGAGCUAUCUUAACAGGCUCUCGCUCGCUACCCUUUUCAACGGAAAAGGUCACAUUGAGCUCCGUCCACCGAGCACCAGCGAAGACGUGAAGGCCUUCACAGCCAUCGAACUCCUCCUCGGCGUGGACAAAACGCCGGCGGAGCGCGGAAAACGUCGGGAGAAGCGGCGAGACAACGACAUGUUUGUGUUGUACCUGGGCGCCGAGGACGGAUCCGGCGACUACGUGGGGAUGGCAAUCAGGCGCGGCGUCUUGAUUUGUGUCUACAAGCUUGGCGGCGACGUCCACCAGGUGGCAACGAGUCCUAUAACAACGUUCAGCGGCGCGCACACCUCCAGUUUGGACCGCGUUGUUUUUCACAGACUUUACCACGAUGCCGAAGUCAAUGUGACGGCGAACUUCACGUCAGAGCGGCCCGUCCCUUACGCUCCCAAACGUCACCAACCGGAUACCGUGAGCGGAAUCCUUGACCUGGCUCCACAACGCACGGUUUUCUACGUCGGCGGCUACCCUCCACAUUUCAACCCUCCCGAGGAUCUCCGGUUCCCGAGGUUCCGAGGCUACAUGAAACUGUCCUACAUCAACAACGAGCCACUUUGCCUUUACAACUACAAGCGUGCCGUCAACAUGCAGGAGGCUGGCGAGAGGGCCCUAACGUUACCCAGCUCCGAGGUGUCCGACUACUACCCUGGAAACGGAUACCGGGAGGCCUCGGUGAAGGAGCCGCACAAGAGGAGGAAACGCCUGUUUAAGUUUCACACAAACAGCCGGGAUACUGACUCGUUGCUGUUCUACAUGGGCGCGGAGGAGGCAUUUUGGUGCUUGCAAGUUGAGGAAGGCCACCUGGUGCUUCAAGGUCAACAAGCGGGAAUAAAGCAGCGAGCUCGGAGUGCUGACAAAGUGUCUCUUUUUGACAAACACUUGGCCAUCACCGUUGAGGACAAGAUCACGGUCCACUUCGGAGACGAGCGCAUCUCCAUUGAGCACGUUAACGCUCCUUACAGGAGCUUUUACAUCGGCGGUGUGCCCGAACACAUAAGGACAAGACAUGAAAUCAGCGCCCCGCCACUGACGGGCUGCGUGGAUCACGUGAGCGCCGAUGGGAAGAUUGUGGAGUACAACACCACAAUGGGCGUCAGUGAUGGCUGUCCCUCGGCGCUGCUGGGGGUCCGCACAGCCACGCUGCAUUCACCUCUAUCAGCUGACUGGAUUUUUGCACCGGACCGACGGCGGUUUGCUUUCGGAUUCAGGAGUACGCAUAAACACGGCGUCAUUCUCAGGAGCAGCUCUCAGAGCUCCUUCUUAGGUCACAUUUCCCUUGUUGAUGGCUACCUGCAACUUAGCCUCGCUCGUCACGACGUGACGUCAUCGAAAAGAUACGAUGACGGGAGCUGGCACUACUUGUGUGUAGUCCAGACGCCGAGGCUGCUCGCCCAAAUCGACAACAUAGACGUCACUUUCCGUGUUCCGGUUCGGGGACCUGAGCUCAACCAAGGAGAAGAAUUCAAAGUCUGCAUCGCUAACCUUUACUCCAGGUCAGUGCAGAGGUUUACACCCGUGGAUCUGAGUUCUCUGGCGCCAACGGGAGGCGUCGCUCUGAGUCGGUGCCGUCUCGCCUCAACCGGGGAAACUGGACGUUUAGCCACAGAUGAGAGCAGGCAGCUCCAGAUGCACAAACUCGCCGCGGACCAAACAGACGGCGAGUGCGGACGUCAACGAGCACCCCGCCGCGGUUAUGAGCUCGCCCGGGAAGACAGCUGGCUGGCAUACAAGCUGCCCCAGCAGGACCUUAAUUACAGGCCUCACUUCUCGCUGGACGUCAAGACCAAGUCCUCCAAGGGCGUCAUCCUCUUUGUCGAGGGCACGGGAGCGGUGCCCCUGCUGGUUCUGUACGUGACGAACGGCAAGAUUAAGAUGUCCCUCGGGCCGAGCAGAGUCAUCCACCACAAGCUGAAGACAAACGACGGACACUGGCACAGAGUGGAGUGCAGUGUGGAGAGGAACACGUUCCAUCUUUUGGUAGAUGGAAUCCGUGUGACCGACGGCCAUUUGCCCGACAACGAGGGCUCGUCUUUAAACUUCCACGGCCACGUGUACCUGGGGGGCCGGCCGGGGGCCGCUAAAGGGCCUAAAAACCUCUUGAAGAGCAUCUUGGGCUGUGUGCGGGACUUCAGGAUGAACGAUCAGCCGGUGGGAAACCCCGAGGGGGCCCGCGGGGUGUCGCCUUGCUCGGACGGGCGCACAGAGAGGGGGAUGUACUUUGCCGGCGGUCACGUCGUCUCAGCAAUUCACGAGACAAAUUACCGCACGGAGGUGUUUGUUGUUCCCCUAGAUGAUGCAUUUGCAGCGGGCGCUCAUUUUACAUUGACGUUCGAGCUGCGGCCCCGUCGCCCGACCGGCCUUCUCUUCCACGCUCGGGGCGACGGAAGCAGCUUCGACGUCUUCUUAAUUAACAACACGGUGGGCGUAUCUGUGAAUGAUGGCGGCGGCGGUGUCAAUGUCGCACUGACUCCGCAGAACAUCUGCGAUGGGGAAUUUCAUGUAAUUACAGUAUCCAAAGAACAAAAAGACCUCAUGCUCACGGUGGACGGCACGUCUGAAAAGAAGGCGAGACCUUUUCCAUCUUUCCCUGAUUCAAUGACAUGGGGAUUACUUCACAUUGGAGGGGCCUCAGAGUCAAGCGGGGCCCCCGUGACAUCUCCGUACACGGGCUGCUUGAGAAACGUGACUAUUAAUGGCAGGCGCCUAGCGUUGGAGGGACGGGCGGCAAGGGCGAUCGGCCCGGUUGACCUCGACGUGUGUCCUGCACACUGAGACGAGGGCGAGGAAGUGCUGCUUGGUUUUUCCGGAUCGGUAUUUCCCAACCUUUAUUGAGCCGGCGGGGGGCACGUAAGGCCUAUUUCAGAAAAGCCACGAAGAUUACACAGGUUAAUUACAGUAUGUGUUUUCUGCUAUCUAGCGGAAGAGCCUUUUAAUUGUUCUGCCUCUCAUUAUGUACCGCUGCCAUAGAUGGAUAAAGAUAUAUUAUUUGUGGGAAAUAAAUACAGUAGCUCCUCAAUUUCAGAGUUUAAUUUGUUCCCUGACAAAGCUUGUAACUGAUUAUUACUCUUGUCAAAACAAUUAUCUCCGCUAAAAUUAAUACAAAUAAGAUUAAUCCGUUUCAGCCCCCCUAAAAAAAAA